GCAUGCUGUUGAACCCCGGGGACCGGGAGUUUGCUGGCGUUCCCGGCCGCGCCCCGCUAAACCGUACCGCGUACGUACACAAUUAGGCCCUUGCCGCGGCAGCUGCUGUGUGUCGUUCCUGGGAUCCAGCUUUGAGAGCUCAGAUUGGAUUUUGUCUGGUGACUGUGGGGCUGAGAGCGCGCUAACUCAAGCAAGAUGCCUGGGCUUACAUACAAGGAAAUACGGCAGAGGUACAAUUCCUCGAGACUGUUUGAGGAUAAUGACUUCCCUGCCGAUGAUAAAUCCCUCUUCUUCAGCAUGAGGCCACCUCAGAAAUUUGUAUGGAAGAGACCGCAUGAACUCUGCCAAGACCCCAAGUUGUUUGUGGGAGGGGCCAGUCGGUUUGACAUUGAACAGGGACAGCUUGGUGACUGCUGGUUUUUGGCCGCUCUGGCCUCACUGUCCCUGGACGACUACCUCCUGAAGAAAGUCUGCCCAGAGGAUGACCAGGACUUUGGCCGCAAUUACUGCGGGGCCUUCCGUUUCUACUUCUGGCAGUACGGCAAGUGGCAGGAGGUGGUGGUGGACGACCGCCUGCCCACCUACAAUGGACAGUUGGUCUUCGUCCACUCCAGUGAGAAGAAUGAGUUCUGGAGUGCUCUGCUGGAGAAGGCUUAUGCCAAAUUACACAGCAGCUACGAGGCCCUGAAAGGCGGCAACACUUUGGAGGCCAUGGAGGACUUCACCGGUGGGUUUUCCGAGUCUCAUGACCUGAAGAAAGCCCCUAAGAACCUGUUCAAGAUCAUGUUUGAUGCCUACAACCAUGACUCCCAGAUGGGCUGCUCCAUUGACGCCAACCCGAACGAGAUCGAGGCCAAACUUGAUAAUGGACUGAUCAAGGGCCAUGCAUACACCAUCACAGAUGUCAGAAGGGUGGCGAUUCCUGGAUAUGGCUCCACCAAGCCAGUACGUCUCAUCCGCAUCCGUAAUCCCUGGGGGCAGAAAGAGUGGAAUGGCCGCUGGAGUGACAACUCCUCUGAAUGGAGGAGCAUUCCAGACAGCGAGCGCAGGAGACUUGGCCUGGUGACUGAAGAUGACGGUGAAUUUUGGAUGGAGUACACCGAUUUCAUUCGUGAGUACAAUCGCGUGGAUAUCUGCCAUCUGGAUCCUACCAAGGCCCCAGGCGGGAAGAGGAAGUCCAAGAAGUGGGUGACCAACGAGAUUGAUGGCCGCUGGCAGAAACACACUUCAGCAGGUGGCUGCCGUAACUUCCCAGACACCUUCUGGGUCAACCCCCAGAUUGAGAUGAAACUCAGUGAAAUUGACGAUGACGACGAUGAUGACGAUGACGAUGACAGUCCUGCCGCCAAACAGAAGGGCUGCACUGUUAUGAUUGGACUGAUGCAAAAGCACAGGCGCAAGCAGAUGAAGAUGGGGGUUGGCAACCUGACCAUUGGAUUUGCCAUCUACGAGUACAAGGAUGACAAAGUGUCCAAGCUGCCCAAGGAUUUCUUCCUGUACAAUGCCUCCAAGGCUCGGUCACCCACUUUCAUCAACACGCGAGAGAUCAUGGGCCGCUUCAAGUUGCCCCCAGGUCGCUACUGCAUCGUCCCCUCGACCUUUGAACCCAACCAGGACGGGGACUUCCUGCUGCGUAUCUACAGCUUGAAGGACAGCUCCUCUGUAACUUUGGAUGAGAAGACAGGAAUUGUGGACAUUCCCAGGGAGAUCUCUGUCACUCAAGUCUCCUCUCUCCAAUCAGCUUCUCCUCCAGGGCCAGAGAAAAAGAGUGCCGAGACCAUUGCCGCUGAAGAUGCUAUGAAAACUAAAUUCCUUGACUUCUUCAAAAAGAUCACCGGCGACGACAUGGAGGUCGAUGCAUGGGAGCUGCAAGAGAUCCUGAAUGCUGCUCUCAAGAAGGAUUUACAUAGAUCUAGUGAGUUGGCUGGGUCAGAUGGCUUCUCUAUUGAUGCCUGCAAGUCCAUUGUGGCAGCCUGUGAUGAGGAUCGUUCUGGCAAACUAGGCUUUGAGGAGUUCAUGGAUGUGUGGAUGAACAUCAGGAAGUGGAAGCUUGUGUUCCAGAAGUAUGAUCAAGAUAAAUCUGGUUCUUUCAAUACAAUGGAACUGCGUGAUGCUCUGAGGUCCAUUGGCUACUCUGUCAGCAACCAGACCCUGGGAGCACUAGUGCUGCGCUUUGCCAACAAGAAAGGGUUGAUCAACUUUGAUGAGUUCAUUUCCUGUGUCAUCAAGCUCAAGCACUUGAUUGAGUCCUUCCAACGGAAUUCAUCCCGUGGAUUGGCCCAGUACAAGCUGGAUGAGUUCUUGGCAGUGGGAAUGUACUCGUAGAGAGCCCCAACUGUUUAACACCAAUUGCGAGGGGAGAACAUUCUGAGAGCAACACGGUACACGACUGCUUCAUUGCUAGAACGAGCUCCAAGUUCAGAUGUUUAAAAAAAUCAUGAUAUUUGGAUGAUUAAUCUUUAUUCACUAUUCAGUGUAACAAAAAACUUCUAUGCAUGAAUAAAAUCCAAAAGAUACGAUCAACAUGCAUCAACAAGAGUUACCAUCAGGUUAACCCUGAAGUAGAAUACCUUCACAAUAUUAUUCCUUAUUGUAACAAGUAGUAGAAAUGUAAAAGAAAUUACUGUAUUCAUUGCUUGAAUAUCUAAAUUCGUGCAUGUAGGCAAUAUCUUUUGGUAGUUCACCAUCUAUUUUUCUGUCAUUUGUAUUUGUGGUGAUGGAUAUUUGUGGAUGUGUUAUUAUAAAGUAGUCAUAAAAGAGAUGGAAAACUUCUUUUGGUGUUAUUAUGUGAGUAGGUGAUUUCAACUUGGUGUAAUAAAGGUGGAAGGUACAUGUAUUUACAAGGAUAGUGCAUUUUCAAGCAUAAGAAAAGAUAAAAUCUAAUUAUGCCUAGCUUUGGACUCAGUAAAGGAGAAAUGUAGAAAAGCAGCUUAAUGACAAAACGUUUCAGUCAUAACUUGAUGAUGCUAACAAAAUCGUACUUUGAGCUAUGAUUUUUUUGUAGCUGUUAGCUUUAGAGUGUUUAAAAUUGUAUCAUGUUUGAUGGGAGUUUAUGACAUUUAACUGUAUCAAAUGGCACUUCUUGACAGAGGCUGGUCAUGUGACAGUGUCAAUGUGAUCUGGAAUUGUCGGAGAAAGCAAAUUUGCCGAACUUGUCCUUAAUUAAUGAUGCACAGUGAUAAAAUUAAAUGAUCGACAGCAAAUUAUGUAUUGAGACGAACCUUUGUCCAAGUAGAUAGAAAUAUUCAGAAACUUCUGUGAAGCUUUGAAGUUCUUUCAUGUUUUGUUCAGUAUUGCUAUGAUGAAUUGACUGUGGCGUGGUAGUUGGUUAGGUGCAUGAAAAUUCAUUAAGUAGAGAAGUACAGACAGUUGGAAUUGUAGCUUCACGGCACUUUUUUAGUUUUGAUUGGAUAAUUGCAGUAAUUAGAUGAUUUCAUUUUAUAUGUUGUAAGGUUUGAAACUGCAUUCAUUCUUAUCUUCUGUUGCUUUGCCAAAAAAAGGCUUUUGGGUUUAAACAAUUCACAUGUAUUCCUUGUUUUUUUCUGUUUUCUUGCAAGGAAUAUGCUUAGAAAGUCAGUCACCAGUACUAUCUACCUACAUUACCUCAUCUUCUGCCACGUUGCCCAAAUUUCUUGGUGCUGCUUACAAAACUCUUCCAAUUUUUAAAAUGUGCUCAGCCACCCUGCUCACCAGUGAGAUUCCUUUUUUAAUGUGCUGAAUGUGUUUGUGAUUGUAACUUUAUAGGCAUGCACGUUGCAGUCAAUUUUAAGCAGAUGAUUUAUAUGAGUUGUGAUUGGAACAUGCCUGAUACCAGCUUUAGAACUUUCUCCUUUGUCACAGGAUAGAACUUUGAUCCUUACAGAUUGAACAGAUAAUUGUUAGUAGCCUGGAAAUUUUCUGUGUACCGAAGGAGGAAAUGUGAAAGUUGUAAAGGAGAUAUCCCGGGGUAUUACAGAAAUCUUCUGCAUCAUACAAAGUCUGUCAUUUUCAAUUAUGUAUUUCACAGUUAUAGUCAGGGUAUUCCUUUGGAAGCAUUGCUCACAUGUUAGCCUUUAGAUCUAUACUACAUAUCUUCACUUAGGUAUGAUCUAAAUAGCAGCUUCCAAUUUACAUGUACCAUUCACAUUUGAAAUACAUGUAUUCAGCUUUUAGUCAUGCUUUUGAAGGAACAGUAUCAUUACAAUGAAUCAAGUAGUUGUUAUAGUGUACGAGAAAUGUGUGAUAGUGCUGUAAUAGAUUAGCAUUAAAUGCAGUAUAAAAAAAGCUUUGUUUUUGGGGUAGUGAUAUUCCUUGGGUGACCAACUGAGAUGUAUGGUCAGUCUCAGAAAGAGCUCAAAGUGUUUCAAGUGACACGGGAUAUUUCAUUCUCCUACCGAUAUUUUCUGCGGAAUUCACAAUUUUGGAAUUCCCAAGCUUACGUUGUGUUGGCUUUUAGGUACAUUUAACCUCACAUCUUGUUUGCAUGUCUCAUGCAAAUUCCCCACUGCACGGAUGUUAGGUAUGCAUCCACUCCCCAAAUUUGGCUGCUUUUGUUUGUUUCUAAUUUGCUUUCACGAAACAAUGAAAAAAGCUGGCUUAUUGUACCCUACAUUUUUUCUGCAGAUGCCGACUUCCACAGUUUAGGUCUCUGAUGGUUUUUAACACAUUGACUGCCGUGCAUAAAAUCACAGGCCCUUCCUAUUUACCCAGUGAUGCAUGCAUGCGUGCAUAUUUAAACGGUACAUGUUCUUUUCGGGUGUCAAGGUGAACAUGAGCAUUUUAAAAGAUGUACGCCCGCGCCACUGCCAGCAGCGUACCUUGUGUUCUCAGUGAUGCCAGCAUGUUCAAUUUACAUUACAAUAGCCUUUCAUUUCCUAGGACUCAAAGUCGGCAGUCAGUGUGUUAAAUGGAAGCACUGUUGCACUGUGACAAAGUUUUCUCAGGUUUCCUGUGCACUGUCAAUGAGUUUGUGCACCAAAAUGAAAAAGUCGGGAUUGCAUUGGCCAAAAUGUUUGUCCCGUGAUGCAUAUGCAAAAGUGCUCCAGCACAGCGUGAAGCACACAUCUUCACUCAGUUCAGUGAUGCUACUUGGUGCUCAUGACAACUUCCCUUGUCUUGUGAAGGCAUAACUCACCAAUGAGCACAUUUGAUGGCGGCAACCAUCACCUGUAUCCCCAUUCAGUAUUGAGGUUCUGCACGGCAGCCACCUUUCUGGUAACUGCUUUUGUUAUGGAGGGAUAAACACAAAAGGUCUACUCAUGUGCAUCCCAGCGAACCAAAACCUCUUUUGUGUGAUUAGGGUUCGGUCUCAUCAUUGUACUGAACUGCACUGCAUUAGUCAGGGACAAUGCUCAUGCUGUGUUCUGGCACACAGUUCGAACGCUGCAUCUAUCAUACCAUAUGUGCACUUAAAAAACAAUGGAUACCAUUCAAAUUCUAAGUUAACUUGGGACAUGAAGACUCAAGGCAGGUCUGGAUAAAUUAUAUUUUCUGUCAUAUUUGAUCAUGUUACCUGGGAUUUAUUCAACUUCUGGUAUUUACAUGUAGUGAGAAAAAUAAAAGCAAAGCUAACAAAAGUCGACCGUUUCCUAUUUUUAA